AAAUUUUCCUAAGCAUUCGUUUAAUGGGAAGUCAAUCUUUUUGUGAUUGUUUUCUUUUGUGUGGAAAAAUUGAAAAAAAUCACGUAAAUUGUACAGAAAAGAAAAGAAAAUCCUCGUUAAUGUGGCCCCCGGUGUCCGGUGUGUGGAUUUGCAUGAGCACUUUGGACAAAAUUGCGGGUUGAAAGUGUGAAAAGUGUGUGUUUUGGUGUUGCCGAGAAAAUAUGGCAACAAAACAAACCCUAGCGUGAAAAUUCUCCCUUUCUGCGUUCUUUUCACACGGAAAUUCCACGAAAAUAUAAUUAAUCUCCACUAAUUAGUAAUAUAAGGAAGAUUUGGGUGCGCUGAAAAAAGGAAUGAAUUCCCUAAGUUCUGGGUUACAUUCUUCCUUCCAGGGACUCACUAAGAUGACGUCGACAUCGGGAAAGCGAAAAGAAAUCUACAAAUAUGUCGCCCCAUGGCCUCUCUACUCCAUGAAUUGGAGCGUACGGCCGGAUAAGCGUUUUCGACUGGCUCUGGGGAGUUUUGUUGAAGAAUACAACAACAAAGUGCAAAUAAUAAGUCUUGACGAGGAGACGAGUGAAUUUACGGCCAAGAGUAUCUUCGAUCAUCCCUAUCCCACAACAAAAAUCAUGUGGAUACCCGACUCAAAGGGUAUCUAUCCGGAUUUGUUGGCAACAAGUGGGGACUAUUUGCGCGUCUGGCGUGCCGGAGAACCCGAUUCGAGGCUCGAGUGUGUUCUAAAUAAUAACAAAAAUAGCGAUUUUUGUGCACCACUUACGUCUUUUGACUGGAACGAAGUGGAUCCCAAUCUCGUUGGUACAUCAUCCAUUGACACAACCUGCACAAUUUGGGGCCUCGAAACGGGGCAACCAAUUGGACGCGUUAACAUGGUCACGGGGCAUGUGAAGACACAACUUAUUGCCCACGACAAGGAGGUCUAUGACAUUGCAUUCUCCCGAGCAGGAGGUGGCAGGGAUAUGUUUGCAUCCGUUGGAGCUGAUGGAUCAGUGAGGAUGUUCGAUCUGAGGCAUCUGGAGCACUCUACAAUCAUCUACGAGGAUCCAGCACAUACACCUCUUCUGAGACUGGCCUGGAAUAAACAGGACCCUAACUACUUGGCCACCGUUGCCAUGGACUCAUGCGAAGUGAUAAUCCUGGACGUACGUGUACCCUGCACCCCUGUCGCACGGCUAAGUAACCAUCGAGCGUGUGUCAAUGGAAUUGCAUGGGCGCCCCACAGCUCCUGCCACAUUUGUACUGCUGGUGAUGACCAUCAAGCACUAAUCUGGGACAUCCAGCAGAUGCCACGUGCAAUUGAGGACCCCAUUCUCGCGUAUACAGCUGCCGAGGGGGAGGUAAAUCAAAUUCAGUGGGGCGCAACGCAACCAGACUGGAUUGCAAUUUGCUACAAUAAAGCCUGCGAAAUUCUUCGGGUCUAAAAUUCAACAUCAAUCUCCAAUGAUUUUUUUGGGGAUCAUUCUUUAUUAUUUUAAUCGUAUAAAUCGUUUUCUUUUACUGUAGCGCUAAACAAACAAAAAAAAUGAAUCCUUAAGAGUGAGAAAUGAAAGGUGCAUAAUGGAUCAGCCCAAGUGAAGUAUACAUAAUAUAAUUAUAAAUAAUUAUGUGAACAUUUUCUCGUGGAUUUCUCACUCUUUCCCCGCUGUUUGUUUUUUUUUCUUUAAUACACAAACAAGGGAUUUGGAAUGGAGUGAAAAAAAUGUGUUCGUCUUACUUUCUUUGAAAAUAAUUGAUGAAAGGGAAAUUGUAUUUAAGAAAAUGCCCCAUUUAAUGGAACAUUAAUACGAAUUCCGAGUAAUUUUUAUCUUGCUGACUUUCUCAAUUUUUUUUAAAAUAAUCCACGAAUUUAUCCAAUAGUUUUUGAGAUACAAUCUUAAUUUUUUUUUCGAAACAUUUUCUGUUUCCUUUUUGGAGGCUAUUCUUUUGAGAAUUUAGAGCCUUUCAGUGAAGCAGGAAAAUUUUCGAGAAUACUCUCAAUCCCUUAAAAUCCAUAAUAAGAGCUGCUGCUGUUUUUUUGGGCAAAAAAACAAGAUGGGAAUGGACUUGAAAAUGCAGUUUUUUACGAAUAAAAUUUCGAAAUACAUUUAAAAGGAAGUAUGUAGAAGAAACAAUAAUUUAUUCAUAAAAAUAGUAAAUAUUAAGUUAGAGAAUUUUUCUUAUAGGCUUCUAUCCUCCACUAUAAUAGACAUGAACAUUGCGUAUAUAGACAGGCGAUAUAUCUUUUGAAAAAAAAGAAAAGAAAAUAAAUUGAAGAAAACUCAUCAAUAGAAGACGUAAAAAUAUUACAUUUAUAGGUGAAUCAUUUAUUUAAUGAUGGCUAAAACCAGUGAAAAAAAUGUAUUCAUAUUCUAGGUAUUCCUCAUUAGAAUUAUAUUAUAAUUUUUGUAUUUUUCAUCCAAACAAAAAAUAAAUUAUAUUUGUCACGAGAAAUCCAAAAAAAAAAUCACAUUCGAUAAACCAAAACUUUUUUUUUAAUAUUUCAUUUGUAUUCUUUUUGUUUCCUCAUAAAAUUACGAUAUUCUUGUCACGCAGAAAACAUUAGAAUAUUAUUAUAGAAAAAGAAAAUCUGGAAAAUAAAGUCAAAGUAGAAUUUUUAA